ACGAAGGCCUUAGGCAUACAUAAAGUGGGUAUGCGAGGUGUGGGCAAAGGAAUAACAUCCUGUGAAGCAAUCGCCUACUGCUGGCUAAUGCAGACAGCCGACAGUGUUGCCACACCCCGUGACAUGUAAUGACGUCAUUUACAUGGUGCAACAACAUUUAUUACACGAAUUGCAGGCGCCUGCCUUUGGCAUGGGCGUUUAAAUAGAAAACGCGCGGCUAAUUCAUAAAUCAAACGUUUACUGUAGAGGAAUUGCAAGGAUUGUUGAAGGAAGAUAAAAGCUAGGAUUUGCGCCAACAUAAGUAUUUUUGGAAGAGCUUCUAUGAAAAUCAAUGUAUAUAGAUGCAGCAAUUGUGAACAAUUUUCUAUGAAGACAAGAUGGAAGCGAAGAGUGCUUCUGCGUCGGGUAAUUAUUUGAACAAUGCUGUGACCAACAAGGCGUUCGUAAACUUCAUGAGAAGCUACAGUCAACAAAAUUAUGGUCUUGAUGUAGUUGCCAUAUCUGUGCAAGGCAGCAAGGCUUGGAAUAAGCUCACAUACAAGCAAAAGGAUAAAUAUCGCACACUAGACGCGGCACGAAACGCCAUGUCAGAAAUGCACACCGACGCCUGCUGUCCAAAGCGAUGCAAGCGCAAACCUUGCUGUCCAAAGCGGAGCAAGCGAAAACCUUGCUGUCCGCCGCCAAAGCCCAGAUGUCCGGUGCGCAGGCGUAGACCCUGUUGCCGACCUAAAUGCUCCAAGCCGAAGCCUAGAUGCCCCAAGCGUGCGAAGCCAUGUGCCAAACGUUCGAAUCCCUGUGCCAAGCGUAAAUGCCAAAAGCCAAUUGUAGCUCCGUUAACAAAUAGCGGUUACUUGAACUUCAUGAACCUCUUUCGACGCAAAUACGAUCAUCUAGAACCCAACGAUUUAGUUGUUAGAGGAGCAAGAGCUUGGUGUAGAAUGCCUGAGUACAAAAAGGAUCGCUUCCGCCGUCAACGGCGUCUUGCGUCAACUUCGUAAGCUUCAGCCUUGGACUUGCCCAAAAAUUCCAAUGCAAAGCCCACCAUACCAGCGACAACCGCCAGGCUACAGGCACAAUUACGCGCCCAGUCAAAACGCAUUGCUUGGGCUAGUCUUUUAAUUCUAAAUUUUAUGUUCAAUUUUAACUUUGUGCUAUACUAAAAUAAAAAUUUAAAUGAAA